AAGUUGGAACAACCCAACUAAAACAGAGUCGCUAGAGCUCAGACGGCUUCAAAGGAAGACAAAGGGUUUUACAGAACGCUGAAGCAGAAGCAAAAGCGUAGAGUCAAGGAAGCAGCCGCCACACAAGUAGCAAAAUGCCGAAGUCCAAGCGCAAUAGGCCCGUUACGCUGUCGAAGACGAAGAAGAAGGGAAGGGAGCAUAAAGAAGCGAUAGUGAAUGCGAUAAGGGAGUCCGCCGAGAAGUACAGUUCGGUCUACGCGUUCUCUUUCGAGAACAUGAGGAACCUCAAGUUCAAGGAGUUCAGGGAACAGCUCAAGUCUACCAGCAGAUUUUUCCUUGGUUCAAACAAAGUCAUGCAAGUUUCUCUAGGUAGGUCUGCUGCAGAUGAAAUUAUACCUGGCAUUCAAAAAGUCUCAAAGCUUCUACGUGGAAAUAGUGGGCUCUGUUUUACCAACUUGCCAAAGGAAGAGAUUGAAAGGUUAUUUAAUGAGUAUGAGGAAUACGACUUUGCAAGGACAGGAAGCAUUGCAUCAGAAAAGGUGGAGCUUAAGGAAGGUCCUCUGGAGCAGUUUACACAUGAGAUGGAGCCAUUCCUGCGCAAGCAAGGGAUGCCUGUUCGAUUGAACAAAGGUGUUGUGGAGCUUGUUUCGGAUUUUGUUGUUUGUGAGGAGGGAAAGCCUUUGUCGCCCGAGUCAGCUCGCACACUGCGGUUGUUGGGGAUCAAGAUGGCUACCUUCCGACUUCACUUGAUCUGCAGAUGGAGCCCCGAGGAAUUUGAACUUUAUAUUGAAAGACCAGAUGAUGAUUCUGCAUAAGCACUGACUGAAGGUUCAUCAUGGUUUUUGCAGAUUAUAUGUGGGAGAGCAUAUUUAUUUAUAUACGUUAAAUCAGCGCACGACCUUGCCUCUUAGAGUUCAAAUUGUUGUAAUGAAUGAGAAUCUGAGUUGAAACAGUUUGUGAUUUUGUGGUGGCUGGUCAAUGUUUUUUUUUUUUGGCAUCGAAGGACUCGUGUAACCUACUUCAUCAGCAAGUAAAAAAGUUUUGAUUUUUGAUUUU